AUGGAAGGAAACGUCUUCCCCGAUCAAGAACAGCUUCUCGGGUUCCUGAAAAAGCUCAAGGAGGUAUUCGACGUGUGUGAUGAGGAUGCUGAUGGUUACAUUCGGGUCGAACAUUUUGUGGAUUUGGGGCUCCAGUUCGGGCAGGGUGACAGAGAUGAGGUGAAGAAGUUGACUAAGUACCUGGAUCCCAACGCUCACGGCAGGAUCAACUUCAAAGACUUCUGCUAUGGCGUGUUCGCCAUCAAGGGAUGUGAGGAGAUUCUGAAGACAGCUCUGGGUCCUCGUAGUGUACCCAUUCAGACUGACAAUGGAUACAUCUACCAGAACGGCGAGGCCCGACUGGGCCCUCCCAUCAUCAUGUGUACCCGUCCAUACCCAGACUGCAGUGUGGAGCAGGGGGAGUGUUGUGACAUGGACAGCACCAAUGAGAGCGGGGUGGGCUCUGACACCUCUGACGGGGGGCGGAGCAACGAGAAGGAGGAGGGGCUAGGCGGACUGUUCAACAAUUCUGGCCAGCUGAUUGGCUCGGCUUCUGCGUCUGUCUUCUCGGGGGAGGAGCAGUUUGAGGACUACGGAGAGGGGGAGGACGUGGACUACACUCCCAGCAGCCCUUGUCCCGACGAUGACGCGCGCACCAACGUCUUCUCAGACCUCGGCUCCUCUCUGCCCUCCAGUGCUGGUCAGACCCCUCUGAAGAUGUGUCACCUGUACAACAGUGAUGUGUUGGAUGUAUAUUGUUCUCAGUGCUAUAAGAAGGUUAACCUGCUCAACGACCUGGAGGCCAGGCUCAACAACCUCAGAGCCAACAGCCCCAACAGAAAGAUAUCCAGCACUGCUUUUGGACGUCAGUUGUUCCAACACAACCACAGUGCUUUUAGCAGCAGUCAGGGAAGCACAGAGGACCUGUUCAGAGACUCCAUCGACUCUUGUGAUGUGGACAUUACUGAGAAGGUGAGUUACCUGGAGAAGAAGGUGACAGAGCUGGAGAAUGACAGUCUGGCUAAUGGAGACCUCAAGUCUAAACUCAAACAGGGCAACACCCAGCUAGUACACAGGGUUCAUGAGUUGGAGGAGCAGCUGAAGGACCAGGAGAGCAGAGCAGAACAGACCCUGCAGGAAGAGACACAUAGACACAGAGAGACCUACUGCAAGAUGGAGAGAGACAAGAACACUGACAUAGAGCUGCUCAGUAACAGAGUUCAGCAGCUGGAGGAGGAGAAUGGAGAGAUGAAACUGAACGUGUGUAAACUGAAGUCUCAGACUGAGAAACUAGACCAGGAGAAGCAGCGUAUGACAGACCGGUUAGAGGACACCAGUCUGAGGCUGAAGGAUGAGAUGGACCUCUACAGGAAGAUGAUGGACAAGCUGUGGCAGAACAGACAUGAAUUCCAGAAGGAGAGAGAGGCCAUGCAAGAGUUGAUAGAGGACCUGCGUCGGGAGUUGGAGCACCUGCAGCUGUUUAAGCUGGGUUCAGAGGCGGGGCGGGGGGCGGGGCUAUCAGAAUACAACGCCAAGACACGGGAAAUAGAGAUGGAGCAUGAGGUCAAGAGACUCAAACAGGAGAACUUUAAGCUGCGGGACCAGAACGAUGACCUGAACAGUCAGAUCCUCAGUCUGAGUCUGUAUGAAGCUAAGAACCUGUUUGCCAGCCACACCAAGGCCCAGUCACUGGCUGCUGAGAUAGACAACGCUUCUAGGGACGAGUUGGUGGAUGCUCUGAAGGAACAGGAGUGUGUUAACUUCCGUCUGAGACAGUAUAUGGAUAAAAUCAUCCUGGCCAUUCUGGACCACAACCCCUCUAUCCUGGAGAUCAAGAGUAACAGUUAA